UUCACUAGACACGCAAGCAAACCCAUUCAAACUCAGCAGCUCAGCUGGUUUCCGGCAUCAUCUCCGGCGAAGACGCCAAACUCCGGUUACAAGAGAUGUCUAGCGAAGGCGUAAACAUACUCGCCGUUCCAUUCCCGGUGCAAGGCCGCCUGAACCCAAUGGUCCAAUUCUGCACCCACUUAGCCACCAAAGGCGUCAAAGUCACACUCCUCCUCACCCAAACCGCCACCAAAUCCCUCCAAAUACCCACCGCCACCGCCUCCUUGAUCGCCGUGGAGCUCAUUCCCGACGUCCUCCCCGACCGCGCCGCCGACACGCCCCCGCAGAACACGGAGACAACUAUUGCUCAGCUCCGAGCAACUUUUUCCCAGGGCUUACCACACGUUAUCGAGAAGCUAAAGCGAAAUGCGGAAUCACCCAAAGUGGUUUUGUAUGAUUCCGUUCUGCCAUGGAUUCUGGGCUUGGCGAAAGGAUUUGGGUUACAGGGUGCGGCGCUUUUCACUCAACCUUGCUGCGUCUGCGCCGUUUUCUAUCAUAUAUUCAACGGCGACGUGGAAAUCCCGUCGGAAAAAUCCGCCGUGCUGUCUCUCCCGGGCAUGCCGCUCAUGGGGACCAAUGAUUUGCCUUUUUUCGGUUACCUCAACGAUGAUUCGAAGUACGUUCAGUCUCUGCUUGCCAAUCAGUUCUUGAACAUCGAUCAAGUGGAUUGGAUCUUCUUCAAUAGUUUCGACAAGUUGGAAGAAAAGAUACUGAAAUGGAUGAGAAGCAAAUGGGCAGUAAAAACCAUAGGACCAUUGAUUCCUUCAGUGAACCUUAAAGACAGCAAAGAAGAAGACCACAGAAUCAGCUUCUUCAAGCCCCACUCACAAGCCUGCAUGGAUUGGCUAAGUAUGAGAGACUCCAACUCUGUAAUCUACGUAUCAUUUGGCAGCCUCGCCAGCCUAACACAAGAACAAAUGGCGGAAAUCGCAACCGCAUUGGCCGAGAUCAACCACCACUUCUUGUGGGUCGUCAGGGAAUCCGAAGAAACCAAGCUCCCCAAAGAUUUCAAGUCCAAGACAUCAGAAAAAGGUCUGAUCGUGAAAUGGUGCCCUCAGCUCCUGGUCCUGUCCCACGGGGCAACCGCGUGUUUCAUGACACAUUGCGGGUGGAACUCAGCCCUGGAAGCACUCAUGCUCGGGGUGCCAAUGAUAGCGGUGCCCCAGUGCGCUGAUCAGCAUAUGAAUGCCAAGUAUGUUGUGGAUGUAUGGGAGACAGGAGUGAGGCCAAAGGCUAACCAAAAGGGAAUUGUAACAAAAGAAGAAAUCAAAGCUUGCAUAAGGGAAGUGAUGGAAGAAGAGAAAGGGAAAAGGCUAAAGAGAAAUACUGUGAAGUGGAAGGGAUUAGCAGAGGAGGCAGUGCUUGAAGGUGGAAGCUCUCACACUACCAUACAGAACUUCAUCUCACGAGUUUCAUCCAUUUGAGAACUCCCUUAAUUAUAUAUUUUUGGUUGGAUUUCCAAAAAAAGUUGAGGAAAAUGUGUUAUUAUGUUAUUUGGUUGGAUCACUUAGAUGGAAAAUGUUUUCCAUAGAAUUUGACUUUCUAAAAGUGAAGGAAAACAAAUUAUAAGGGUAGAGGUUGGUAUUUUGUUUUCCAAAGGAAUUUGGAAGAAAGUAUGAAACAAUUGGACUAUUUUACCUUAUCAAAAUUUAUUACGGAGUAUCA